UGGUGCAGACGUCUGUGCCCCAGAACGAAGCGGAGUUGCAGUUAUACAGGGUGAUGCAGCGAGCGUCCCUUUUGGGCUACUACGACACGCUCUUAGAAAUGGGUGGCGACGACUUGCAGCAGUUGUGUGACGCUGGGGAAGAGGAAUUCCUGGAGAUUAUGGCCCUAGUCGGUAUGGCGAGCAAACCCCUUCACGUCAGAAGACUACAGAAAGCUCUCCAAGAGUGGCUGACGAAUCCUUCUCUUUUCCAAACGCCAGUAGUACCGACAAGCGCCGCAUGUAAGAAUCCUCCCGGAAUUGGAUUCCCAUGCGCGAGUCCUAGGCCGCAAGUACAAAGUCUUCAAGGUUUCGCAACGACAUCGCAAGCGUCGACGCCGUACGCCUCCUCGUCACACGUGUCUGUCAUGCCGUUGCCUUGCAGGAGUACCAGUCCAAUUGUGUCUGUUACGAGCGUAACGGCGCCGGUAGCCUCGACCACCUUCCGCCAGAGCCCUAGCCCAAACGCGCCCCUACCCUAUGCAACUUCCCAUAGCCCCGGUGUACUACAGGUAGGAACUUGCGAAUCGUCGUGUGGCAGCGGAACAACCCCUAGUCCAGGGGGUGGUGGAGGCGCACCUGCGAGCCCGACGCAGCCAACCCCAACCCUCCUCCAGUCGCAAAUGCAGAGACUAGCAGAGACGGCCGAAAGACUGGCGGCUACCUUACGACCGGUGGAUCCAAAGCCUCAUAACAUUAAGAAAAAGAUUUCCAAGAAUUUAGAGAUGAUAAUGGCAAUGCCUGACAACGAUCCACGCCGAAUGGAAGAGAUCCGAAAGUACGCGGCGAUUUACGGAAGAUUCGACUGCAAGAGGAAACCCGAGAAAUCACUGACAUUGCACGAAGUGUCGGUAAAUGAAGCCGCUGCGCAGAUAUGUAGGUUCGUACCUGCCCUUCUUACUAGAAGGGACGAACUUUUUCCUUUGGCCCGGCGGGUUGUCAGAGAUUCUGGGUAUCAUUAUUCAAAAAGUCAUUACCUGUCUGUGUCGAGGCGACGCGAGAAUGGCGAAGAGAGCGAAAGCGAGCGCGCGAAGAGGCAAAAGCUCGAGCUCGAGGGUGAGAAUGAAGAUGGGACGCAGGAGGAAUUGGACCUUCGCUGCUCCGAAAUGGAUAUUAACAAUUCUUUGAUCAGGAGACACAGGUCGUCAAGUCCAGUUUGGAGGAAGAAGAAUAACAAUGGUAUGUUCAGUGGAAGUAUUGAAGGAAUAAGUGAUUCGGAUAGUCAACUUUCCUUUUCUAACGAGGAAUCUUCGUCGAUACACGAUACCAAUGAAAUUGAAGGAGAUAACACCGAUAAAGAAAGUGAUUUCAAUCUUAAGGUAAUAGCGUCGCGUGGAGACAAUAUAAUUGCAGUGGCAAAUCCUGCCCUGAUGGAAUGUAGCCAUCCUAUAAAAGAAGAACCAACGGACGAGAAACCUACACUGUGA